GGCAAGUUCACCGAUUCUGGUCUAUAUUUUGGAAAACGCAUCGGCGCAGCCUCGUAGUUGGAACGAAUAUUCCGAGGCGAUCGGUUCGUGAGAUAAAGCUGAUCAGUUCAGAUCCUAUAGACACGUACACCCCAAAAACAGCAGCAACAUGAGCAGCGUCGAUGAAGAUCUUACCCCCGAGCAGAUUGCCGUGCUCCAGAAGGCCUUCAACAGCUUCGAUCACCAGAAGACUGGUUCCAUCCCCACCGAGAUGGUUGCCGAUAUCCUGCGUCUGAUGGGUCAGCCCUUCGACAAGAAGAUCCUGGAGGAACUGAUCGAGGAGGUCGAUGAGGACAAGUCCGGUCGCCUGGAGUUCGGUGAGUUCGUGCAGCUGGCUGCCAAGUUCAUCGUGGAGGAGGACGCGGAGGCCAUGCAGAAGGAGCUCCGCGAGGCGUUCCGUCUCUAUGACAAGCAGGGCAACGGCUUCAUUCCCACCACCUGCCUGAAGGAGAUCCUCAAGGAGCUGGACGACCAGCUGACCGAGCAGGAAUUGGACAUCAUGAUCGAGGAGAUCGAUUCCGAUGGUUCCGGUACAGUGGAUUUCGAUGAAUUCAUGGAGAUGAUGACCGGCGAGUAAAUAAACGCACUGCGUCUGCCACCCACUCAAAACACCCACAACCACCACCCCCCCUCCCCCUCGGAAAACCCCCUGGAAACACAAAAACACACACACUACACACACACACCUGUUGGGCACACGUUUGUUUGCUCCUAUUUGCACACUUGUUUCACUUUUUAUUUGCAUUUUCCCCCGGUUUUUUUUUUUUUGUUUCAAGGGAGCAAACAAAUCCACGUACUUCAGUUUGACAAUGCCAAACACGAGUAGAAAUAGAACUUUUGUACUACUUUUUUAUACUAAAAGAGCAACGGAAUACUGUGUAUGCGAAAAAAUAAAUGUUAUGCUAUAGCAAAAAAAAA